AUGCCGUGGUAUUUAAGCACUUUCAGGGUUUCGUUCUGCGCCAUUUACUCGUACUUUGCGUACGCCCAGAUGCGAUGGAUCGUAGAUGCUGAGGAGCGCUACCGCCGCUCUUUAACGUGGAAACCUGCAGUUGGGACAAUAUAUGAUCACAAGAUAGUUAUGAAACGUGGAGGUUCGAGUCAUGUGCAGUAUCGAUUUGAUGUCGACGGCAAGGAGUACCUCGGGGACCGCUUUCGCAGCGGUGGUGUUCACAAAGAGGAGAUGGUUUCAAACCCAGCGCUACUCGGUGCCGGUACGCAACUGGUCGUGUACUAUAACCCUUCGGAUCCUAGUGAGAGCGCUAUCAAACUUCAAACAGACCGUGCUGCAGAGUCUGCAUUUUUAGUGGGCAUAACUAUUUCACUGCUCGUGGCGUAUCGGUCGGUACGUUGUGAGACAAUACUGCCCAAUAUGUUCUACAGCUUCUUGGCUGUGAACAGACGACUUGGAGGCAUCACCGGCCUGCGUGAGGCCAGAACCCACUCCAAGCAAAAAAUGAAAUAUGGAAAAGGAACAGGGGCCAUUUGA